AUUCUGCUAAUUCUUGUUUUAGUAUACCUAUUGAUCUUCUUGAUUUUGAUUUUUGUUCAUAUGGACACCUCUUUAGGAGGGGUGAUGAUUAUUAGAAAAUACCUAUACGAGGAUGACUUGAUUGUAAAUCUGCUUAGCCUCCAUGGGCUACGAGGUGAAGGAGUAGUCUUUGAAGUACCUGAUGCCCUAAAGUUUUAUUCCAAGAGAAAUGGUUCUUUUAUCUGGUUCCUUUGAUUUUUGUUUGCUCUUUUAAUUAGAAGACAGUAAUCUUCUAAGCAUCUUGAUCCCAGCCAUUGCUUUGUUCUAUUAAUUAGUUCUAGUACUUGAGGUGCUAGAUCUUGACAUCCUGGUUAUAUCUGCUCUUGAAUCCGUGUUCUAAUUGUCAUUAUUGAAUUCUCUUUUGUGAGCCUAGUCCUUGAAUUCUAUUGCUUGUUUCAUGGUUAACUCUUGUCUCUCAAUUUUGACUAUUUGGUAAAAAUUGAUCUUCAUUCUUGAUGAAUGCCGUUUUGUUGCUGGAAUUUUUGAGGCAUUCUACCUUGCAUGCUUAUGUUCCAGUAUUCUUCCAAGCAUUUAUAGCUCCACUGAUUUCAUUCUGAUGUUAUUUUGGAAAUUUCACAUGUUUUUUUAUGGGUCUAGCUUUUAACUCUUAUUAAUUGCUAAAAUCUGUCUCUUGAUUCCAGUUGUUUUGUUAAACAUGAUCUUCCUUAUUGGUUAACCUUGUUUUGUAGCAGAGUAUAUAAGGCAUCCAUGCACUUGUUCAUUCAUUCAUGAUUCGUACCUCCAUUGGAUGCUUAUCCGUCUUUGAUAGAGUUCAAAAUUUUGUUGUACUCGUCUUUAAAUCCAUGCCAUUCUUUGCCAACUUGUCUUGUGUUGGGUUCAUAGCAUAACCCCACAAUUGUUCUUUUGUAGCCUUGGUAGGAUUUAUUUUUAUUCCUUAUGCUUCUCGUAUCACCUCAGCCUCCAAUAGCUUGUUUCAUGGUAAACCCUAUUAAGUAGUUAAUGUUUUGCUUUUAUGAUUAGUUUUCGUUUGUUAUCAGAGUGGCGCAGCGGAAGCGUAAUAGGCCAUGUUUGUUCAUCGAAAGUUAGUAGGGCAUUUGUUGUCUAGGAUUGUGUGAAGCCAUUCACCACUCGAAAUGAUCCUCGUUUGAGUUUUGGGGACAAAACUCCUUUUUAGGAGGGGUGGAUGUAAUACUCCAAAAUUUUGUGAUAUUUAGCACUUAGUUAAGGACUUGAU